AGUCGGUGCACUGUGGCUGUGUGUCGAUGGAGAGCCUCAAUCUCUCACAUGUGAAGGCCACAGAUCGAGGCAUCAGUCUUCUCCUCCACACUCCCCUCACUCACCUCACAAACCUCACACUCUCACACCAGAAUCACCUCUACCACACUCACUGCUCUACCUCAAGGAUCACCAGCUCUGGAAGAGCUUGGUAACAUUAACAUGUAGUGUGUACUCAGACUGUGGCCAUACGUGUACAUGAUGCAUAUUGUUUUUCCUUCUUCUUUCGCCACUUUUCUAUCUCACUAGAAUGUGUGUUCUGAUUGAUUAGCCUUAAUUGUCCCCAGACACUCUCCCUACGUAUGUGUGUAAUUAUUAAUUUAGUGACCUCGUGUAACUUGCAAGCAUGCUGG